AACGAACUUCCUGGUUUGAACAUAACAUUGUGGACAUAUGAAUUAUACAAAAUGUGUUGGUUUUAAGCUGAAUAAUGGAGAUCAAAGUGUUUUUGAAAAUAGUAGUAUUCGUGUCCUUCGGAUUUUAUCUGUGCGGUGGUACCCAAUGCGAUUCCAAUUGUACUGAAUGUGACGGCAGUGCGUCUUCUGGGGCAUGCCUUAAGUGCGAAGACGGCUUCUAUCCAAACCAGUUUAAUUGUCAACCUUGUACUUAUCCAAAUUGCAAAACGUGUUCUAAUCCGUCAACUUGUGACUCAUGCAAAGACGGUUUUUGGGGUGAAACCUGUAUUGCAACAUGUGCGGAAGGGUGUGUUAAUGAAACCUGCAAUACUUCUAAUGGUUUUUGUUCUUGUCUUACGAAUUUUUACGGAAAAAAAUGCGAUGGACAAUGUUCAGACCAUUGUGUUCCUUCCACUUGCUUUGGUAUUAGUGGUAAUUGCUUGUGUAAACAAGGAUAUUUUGGGGCAUCGUGUCGCUCACAAUGUGGCAAUUAUUGCGCCGAUUGUACAAAUUUCCCGUCAUGCUCAUUGUGUGAAACAGGAAAGUUCGGUGAUACGUGUCAAUCCUUUUGUCAAUGCGAUGGCAAUGCAGAAUGUGAUAUUGUAACAGGAGAGUGUCUCCCUUGCGGAACAGACUGUUUGUCUUGCAAUAAUAACGUGUGCACUGCAUGUGGUACAGGAAAAUAUGGAAGUCAAUGUGAGCAUACGUGCUCGUCUACUUGCUAUGAUGUGUGUGACAAUCAAGGUAAUUGUCAGUCGUGUGUGUCAGGGUAUUAUGGGCAUCAUUGUGAAUUUGAAUGCAAUUGUGAGUUCGGAUGCGAUCACCUUCAGGGCCACUGUUUGAAUGAAGCUUGCCCAAUAAACUGUAAUGAUACCUGUGAUGUUUCUUCACAUACAUGUUAUUCAUGUAGUCGUGGUUAUCACGGACCAUAUUGCAACUUUACUUGCCCUGGUAAAUGUGCUGAUUCACGUUGUUAUUCAAAUGGUAGCUGUUUGUCCUGUGAAACGGGAUAUUACGGUAACAGUUGCAACAUGGAAUGUCAACAGAUGUGUGAAAGUAAUAAAUGUCGUCAAAAUGAUGGAUUAUGCGAGGUCUGCCCUGCGAACUGUGUAUCAUGUGAGUCCAACACCGCUUGUACCCGUUGCAAAGAAUCUAAGUAUGGACAAAUCUGCAGUUUAUCUUGCAACGACAAGUGUACAGAUAAAAUGUGCAAUAUCAAAGGUGAAUGUUAUAAUUGUUCUUCGGUAUCCGCUUUUGGUAAUUACUGUAAUUUAACAUGCAAUCAUGAGUGUUAUUUGUCUUCAUGUGAUAGAUACACAGGUGCCUGUAAAAGCUGUAAAAAUAACUCAGUGUUUGGAAUUUUUUGUAGUGAAACAUGUAGUCCGUAUUGUCUUGGUAACAAAUGUGAACGAGAGAGUGGCGUUUGCUUAAACGGAUGCAGUGACGGUUACUUUGGAGCUAAAUGUGAUCAGGAGUGUUCUAAAGGAUGUCGAAAUAGUUCAGGAACAAUAUGUGAUCUAGAAGGUACAUGUCUUGGAGGAUGCACUAAAGGAUACCUUGGCCAAAGAUGCUUUUCAGAUGGCCGUAACCAGCAAACUGAAGAAACUAACUCUGGUUCUGUGAUCGGUCGAGCGGUUGGUGGUGUGCUUGGCGUGUGUGUUGUCGUAGCGCUAGUGGUGGUUGUCCUGGUAUUGAAGAAAAAAGGGAUUAUUUGGAAGGAGAGCAAGAAGACGUAUGAGGAUAUAUCACCAGGAAGAAGUCAAGAUGAACCCUACACAACAUUGGCAGCUGCGAGCACGACCGAGUACGAAAUACCCGAUUCGGAGCCAAGGUCCGAGCUGACCAUCGAAGUGAAAGGCUCCAGCGGAGAGAGAGAGAGUGGGUGGGGUACUGACACGCUAAAGAAAGCUACAGAUCAAGCCAAUAAAAUUGUAUCUAUACAUGCUGAUGCCAGUUUCAAUGGAGUUGUAGGUGGAAUGGACUCUGAUGAGCCAGAUGGUCUUUCGUUUAUACCAAAUUUAACAGAUGAAGAAGAUGCGGAGAGUGAAAGCCUUAGGUCAUCAAAGUUACCCCCGCCAUCCAAGAUCAUGAUGGCGGCACAGCCUACUGCAGGACCAUCAAAGAGCAGUUACCAAGAACACAAACAGGAACGUGUUGUCAAGAGAAGGAAGACCAAAGCAGAGGAACUCAUUGAUUGGCAAAUUAUAUACUUUCAAAAUCAGGUGGAAUUGGCACAGCAAGAGAAGGAAAUCAAUCGGGUGAAGCUGAGAGUGAUGGAAAAAUAUGAAAAAAAACUUGAUACAGAGGAAAUAGACAACCUUCUUCGAGAGUUAAACAUGAACAUGUGAUAUGGUUUAAUUUCAUCCUGGUUUUCAUGGCAUUUAUUUAUUAUUUGACUGUUUGCAAUUUAUGUACGAGCUUGUAAGGUUACCUACAUGAUGUGUUUAAUUCAGUGUGAGUCGUCUGUCUGCAAUAUUUGGGCCAUUCUGAGCGAUUUACCUUACUUGCCAAAAUAAAGUGAGCACGUAAAUAUCUAUGUAUCCAACCGGUGUUGUU